CUUCAUUUCAGCCCCACUUCUUUCUCCAUCAAAAAAGCACCAAAAAUUGUUCAGUCUCUUUCACUGAAUUCCUUUUUUUCUCCAUUCAUUCAUUCAUGCUUUAGUGCAACACUUGCAGCUUCCGGCAUGCAUUUUUUGCUGCUGGGGCUGUGAUUUCUACCUUCAACAACAAGAAAAAGUAGUGAUUUAAACCCUAAAGAUGGUGUUCAAAGGGCGUUUUUUCUCAUCGAAGAAAUCCGAUACUUCUAGCCCUGAUGGAUCUUACAACAGUCCAAGAUCCAGUGGUUCGAACUCCCCAAUUCGAUCUGAGAGUAAGAAGAAAGGUAAAUCUACUUCGAAGGACAAUUCACCAAGUACCCCCACUUCGUUGUCAAGUUUUGCUAGUUUUAGGGAUAAGAAAAAGGAUGCUAAAGGUAAAGAAAGUCAGAGUUCGACUCCGAUUAAGAAUUCAGGGAAACCCAGCACAGGGGAAGUUAAGGAAAAGAAAGGGGUGACGGAAACUAAGGAAGCUGGGGCUACUUCGUUUCCGUUGUCACCGAUAAUGGCGUCGUCGUUGGGAUUGAAUAAAAUUAAGACUCGAUCAGGGCCGUUACCGCAGGAGAGCUUUUUUGGGUAUGGGAGUAGAGAUAAAGGGAAUGCUUUGGGUGCUAGCAAUUUGUCUAAGACAGGUGGCGAUGGGCAGUUGAGUUCUGGUUGGGGAAAGAAGAGUUUAGGGAAGAAGGAUGAGAUGAAGUCAGUAUUGGGGUCUGCUGAGAAUGCUGGUCGGAUAGAUAAUUCUAGCAAUUCAGAUGGUAUGUCUGCUGAGAGUGCUGCAUUGAAGGACCGAAGCAAACAUAUACCUGGAACAUCAGCGCUGCAGAGCGGUGAAUCAUAUUCUGGAGCAGGGCAAUUCAAUCCAUCUUGGAGCCAUUCUGGAGGUCUCAGGGGCAUGGAUGUAUAUACUCCCGAAUUGAAGACAUCUUAUGAAUGGGAAAACCCAAAGGAGUCUGAAUCACCUCGCGUUCAAGCUAUACUGCGGGUAACUACUGCACCUAGGAAAAGGUUCCCAGCAGAUAUAAAAAGUUUUUCCCAUGAACUUAAUUCCAAAGGUGUACGGCCUUAUCCAUUCUGGAAGCCUCGAGGUUUAAAUAAUUUGGAGGAAGUCUUAAUGAUGAUUAGAGCAAAGUUCGACAAAGCAAAGGAGGAAGUGGACUCUGAUCUGCGCAUUUUUGCUGCAGAUCUGGUUGGAGUUCUUGAAAAAAAUGCAGAAACUCAUCCGGAAUGGCAAGAAACUAUUGAAGAUUUGUUGGUUUUGGCUCGGAGAUGUGCAAUGACAUCACCGGGGGAAUUUUGGCUUCAGUGUGAGGGGAUUGUUCAGGAGCUGGAUGAUAGACGCCAGGAACUUCCAAUGGGUACGCUGAAGCAGCUGCAUACUAGGAUGCUUUUUAUACUUACAAGGUGUACACGAUUGCUUCAAUUCCACAAGGAAAGUGCGUUUGCUGAGGAUGAACCUGUAUUUCAACUUCGUCAAUCGUUGCAGCCUGUGGAAAAACACAUUCCUCCAGGCAUUAGAAGAAAUGUUAUGAUGUCUGGUCCUAUGCAAUUCCCAAAGGUGCCGGCCCCCAGAAAAUCUUAUAGUCAGGAACAACAUGGGUUAGAGUGGAGGAGAGAUCAGGCUGUACAUCAAGAGAACUCUCAGGUUGCGCAAGCUGAAAAUCCAAAAAAAUUGGAGACUCCUGGUGGAGGGGAUCGGAUGACAUCAUGGAAUAAAUUUCCAACUCCAGCAGUAAAAAGUCCCAACGAAGCUUCUCCAAUCAAGGAGCACACAAUUGAUGGCAAUAUUGAACCUUCAAAGCUAUUAGUGGACAAAAGAGGAAUUCCUGAUGUAAAUGUAGCUGCUGACAAGCAUCCUGAGCUUCUUUCUGCUAAAGAUUCUCAUGCACAUUCUUCAAUUCCUUCGAAGCACCAGCAUAAAGCUUACUGGGGUGAUCAACCAAGUGUUUCGGACGAAAAUUCAAUAAUUUGCCGCAUUUGUGAGGAUGAGGUUCCCACUUUGCAUGUAGAAGAUCACUCCAGAAUAUGUGCUAUUGCCGAUCGUUGUGAUCAAAAGGGUCUUAGUGUUAAUGAGCGCUUGCUUAGAAUUACAGAUACUCUUGAGAAGCUCAUGGAGUCAUUCUCACAGAAAGACUUCCAGCCCAUUGUUGGAAGCCCAGAUGUCACAAAAGUAUCAAACUCUAGUGUGACCGAGGAAUCUGAACCCUUCUCUCCAAAACUUAGUGAUUGGUCACGCCGAGGGUCAGAAGACAUGCUGGAUUGUUUUCCUGAAGCAGAUAACUCUGUGUUCAUGGAUGAAUUUAAAGGUUUACCUACUAUGUCAUGUAAAACCCGCUUUGGACCAAAGUCAGAUCAAGGAAUGACAACAUCAUCUGCAGGCAGCAUGACUCCUAGGUCCCCCUUGCAGACACCACGGACUAGCCAGAUAGACCUGCUAUUGGCAGGUAAAGGUGGUUUCUCUGAGCAUGAUGAUCUUCCUCAGAUGAAUGAACUGGCAGAUAUUGCUCGAUGUGUGGCGAACACACCUUUAAAUGAUGAUCGGUCUACAUCUUAUUUGCUCUCUUGCCUUGAAGAUCUGAAAGUUGUGACAGAACGCAGAAAGCGGGAUGCACUUACGGUUGAAACAUUUGCAACCCGCAUAGAAAAGCUGAUAAGGGAGAAGUAUUUGCAACUAUGCGAACUAGUUGAUGAUGACAAGGUUGAUAUCAGUAGCUCUGUCAUUGAUGAAGAUGCUCCCUUGGAAGAUGAUGUUGUACGUAGCUUGAGAACCAGCCCUAUUCAUUCGAAAGACCGUACCUCUAUAGAUGACUUUGAGAUAAUAAAGCCAAUUAGUCGUGGGGCAUUUGGCCGUGUUUUCUUGGCGAAAAAGAAAACCACCGGAGAUUUCUUUGCAAUUAAGGUUUUGAAGAAGGCAGAUAUGAUACGCAAAAAUGCUGUUGAGAGUAUAUUGGCAGAACGUGAUAUUUUAAUAUCAGUUCGCAAUCCCUUUGUGGUUCGCUUCUUCUACUCAUUUACUUGCCGUGAGAACUUGUACCUUGUGAUGGAAUACUUGAAUGGUGGGGACCUGUAUUCAUUGUUGAGAAAUCUUGGCUGCUUGGAUGAAGAUGUUGCUCGUGUUUAUAUCGCUGAAGUAGUGCUUGCUCUGGAAUAUCUGCACUCUUUGCGAGUGGUUCAUCGUGAUUUAAAGCCAGACAAUUUGUUGAUUGCUCAUGAUGGUCACAUCAAGUUGACGGACUUUGGGCUUUCUAAAGUCGGUCUUAUCAACAGCACAGAUGACUUGUCUGGUCCGGCAGUCAGUGGAACAUCCAUGAUGGAUGAUGAUGAAUCUCAGUUGCUGGCACUUGAACAUCAGCAGGAGAGGCGCGAGAAACGCUCUGCUGUUGGCACACCAGACUAUUUGGCACCCGAAAUCCUUCUAGGAACAGGACAUGGUUUCACUGCUGAUUGGUGGUCUGUGGGUGUUAUUCUCUUUGAGUUGAUUGUUGGCAUUCCACCUUUCAAUGCGGAGCAUCCUCAGAAAAUAUUCGACAAUAUUCUCAAUCGUAAUAUACCUUGGCCUGGAGUUCCUGAGGAAAUGAGUCCCGAGGCAUUUGAUCUGAUUGACCGGUUACUUAGAGAAGAUCCCAACCAUAGGCUUGGAGCCGGAGGAGCCUCAGAGGUGAAACAGCACCCUUUCUUUAGGGAUAUUAACUGGGACACACUUGCUAGACAGAAGGCUGCAUUUGUGCCUGCUUCAGAAAAUGCACUGGAUACAAGUUACUUCACGAGUCGCUUCUCUUGGAAUCCUUCAGAUGAACGUGUAUACGCAGCCAGUGAAUUUGAGGGGUCUACCGAUAACGAUAGUGUUAGUGAUAAUAGCAGUUGUUUAAGUAAUCGCCAUGAUGAACUGGUUGAUGAAUGUGGUGGUCUUGCAGAAUUUGAGUCAGGCUCUUCCAUCAACUACUCUUUUAGUAACUUCUCAUUUAAGAAUCUGUCCCAGCUUGCGUCAAUCAAUUAUGAUUUGCUUACAAAAGAUUGGAAAGAUGAUCAACCGACAAAUCCUAAUGCAUAGCUAAAGGGCACUUGCAGCCAUAAAGUGUCAGAUUUGAUUUUUUCUGUCGGUCUGACGUAAUGAAAAGAAUGGCAAUCAUCUCCUGUCUGUAUACCUUGUAAAUGUAUGUGGUUGCCUUAAUAGUGUUCUCUUCUGUAAAAGUAUGUCCUUGUUCUAUACUGUAGCACUAGUAUUAUGCUUCUGAAGAUAAUUGAAACCUUUUGUUGCCCCUGUUGCAGAUAUAUAAAAGCAGCUUAAAGACUUGUGCCUGGCUACCGCGGGAUGUUUUUUUUUUUGUCAUACAUACAAGUUUAAUGCUGUGAAGUUUCAUUUAGUUUUUAUUUUACAGCUGCGUGAGGCCCUCCAGUCAUUGGCAUUAAGGCCUCUGAUUGUACUUGUAAAAGUUACCCUCCACAGCUAGAAAAAACAGCAAAGGUGACAUGAUUGCUCAUCUCAAUUUUUGGGUUAUCUGUUAGCUGGUCUCUUUCUCUCCCUCUCUCUCUUUCUCAUUCUUUUUUAUUGGUUCCGCGAGUAUUUGCCUAACCUGUUGUUGGCGCUCCAGGUUCUGGCUAUUCGAGGAAUUCAGGAUUCUCUUAUUGGUUGAUUUGGCAUG